UGCGUUCUCUGAAAACACAAAACCCUAGUGCUCCGCUGCUACGCCUCUGUAAACACUCUCAGAUCGAAUCCCUCCUCCCUCUCUGUAAAGUCUAAACUGAACCCUGCAACAAUCGAACCUAGUCUUUAUUCUCUCUCUAAAUUCACAUGAAGAUCGACGCUUGACCACAAAAGCCCACUGAGUUACACACUUUUCACCUACUAUCUCACGGAAUAAAGGAAAAAUACGCAGAAAUGGCCUAUAUUUCUGCAUCAAAGCCAUCCCAUUUCAAACCUAGAGUUUACUCUGAACUGUCUAGGUUUUCAAAUCCAUUUUCCCGUAAAUCCCUCUAUUUCUUCUGCUCGUCAUCUUCUCCAGAACCCCCAAUUGACACUUCACUCACCUCCAGUAACUCAACCCCGAACCCAAAUUCAGAUGCCACCAUUUCGCCAUUUCCAGAUGUGCCGGAAAGCCCGAAGGUCGAAGAGAGGGCAAAUCGAAGAAUCCCAGGAGGUAAGCAUCGAAACCAAGAAACUUUAGAGAAUAUUAUAUGUAGAAUGAUGGCAAAGAGGGCUUGGACAACUCGUUUACAGAACUCAAUUCGAAAAUUAGUACCUAAAUUUGAACACGAGCUUGUUUAUAGUGUAUUGCAUAAAGCCCGGAAUGCGGAGAACGCGCUCCAGUUCUUCCGGUGGGUUGAGCGAGCUGGGUUGUUCCAGCAUAAUUUAGCAACCCACUUGAAAAUAAUUGAAAUUUUAGGUCGAGCUUCGAAGCUCAAUCAUGCCCGGUGUAUACUACUAGAUAUGCCAAAGAAGGGUGUGGAAUGGAAUGAAGAUUUUUUUAUCCUGUUGAUUGAUAGUUAUGGUAAGGCGGGCAUUGUUCAAGAGAGUGUAAAGUUGUUUCAGAUAAUGGAGGAGUUGGGUGUGGAGAGGACUAUAAAAUCGUAUGAUAGUUUAUUUAGGGUGAUUAUGCGCAGAGGGCGGUAUAUGAUGGCAAAGAGGUAUUUCAAUAAGAUGUUGAGUGAAAAUAUAAUGCCUACUCGUCAGACAUAUAAUGCUAUGAUUUGGGGUUUCUUCCUUUCUUUGAAGGUUGAGACUGCGAAUCGAUUCUUUGAAGAUAUGAAAACUAGAGAGAUUUCGCCUGAUGUAGUGACUUAUAACAUUAUGAUAAAUGGGUAUUACCGGGUCAAGAAGAUGGAAGAGGCCGAGAAAUUUUUUGUGGAGAUGAAGGGAAGAAACAUAGAGCCCAAUGUGAUAAGUUAUACCACCAUGAUUAAGGGGUAUGUUUCGGUCGGGCAACUUGAUGAUGGGUUGAAAUUGUUUGAAGAGAUGAAAAGUUUUGGUAUUGAACCGAAUGCUUUUACAUACUCUACUCUGAUACCUGGGCUCUGUGACGCUGAGAGAAUGAGUGAGGCUCAUAACAUUUUCAAGGAGAUGGUAGGGAGAUACGUUGCUCCUAAGGAUAAUUCAAUCUUCAUGAGAUUGAUCUCUGGCCAGUGCAAGGCAGGUGAUUUAGAUGCAGCUGCAGAUGUGCUCAAAUCAAUGACUAGAUUAAGCAUUCCAACAGAUGCCGGACACUAUGGCGUUGUAAUUGAGAAUUUUUGCAAGGCUGGGGUGUAUGACAGGGCAGUUAAAUUGUUAGAUAAGCUUAUUGAGAAGGAAAUCAUCUUGAAUGACAAGAGUACUUUGGAGUCUAGUUCAUAUAACCCAGUAAUUAUGUAUCUCUGCAACAAUGGCCAGACAGAAAAGGCUGAAACCCUUUUCCGACAAUUGAUGAAAAAGGGUUUGCCAGAUCCAAUUGCUUUCAAUAAUCUUAUCCGUGGGCACUCAACAGAAGGGACUCCUGAUUCUGCUUUUGAAAUUUUGAAGAUCAUGGUCAAGAGACAUGUUCCUUCAGAAGGAAGUGCUUACAAGUUGCUCAUUGAGAGCUACUUGAAGAAAGGUGAACCAGCAGAUGCUAAAACAGCUUUCGACAGUAUGAUUGAACAAGGACAUCUUCCAGAUUCAUCACUAUACAGGUCAUUAAUGGAGAGUUUGUUUGAAGAUGAGAGAGUUCAAACAGCAAGCAGAGUGAUGAAGACUAUGGUGGAGAAGGGGGUGAAGGAGAACAUGGACUUGGUUGCUAAGAUCUUGGAAGCUCUGCUCAUGAGGGGUCAUGUUGAGGAAGCUCUUGGAAGAAUUGAACUGCUGAUGCAUAGUGGAUGUGCACCUGAUUUUGACAGUCUUUUAUCCAUUCUGUGUGAGAAAGGAAAAACCAUUGCUGCUCUGAAGCUUUUAGAUUUUGGUUUGGAGAGAGACUGUAACGUUGACUCGUCAAACUACGAUAAGGUGUUGGAUGCGCUUUUGUCAGCCGGAAAAACCCUCAAUGCAUAUUCAAUAUUGAGUAAGAUAAUGGAGAAAGGAGGAGUCACUGAUAAGAGUAGCUGUGAGGGUCUGAUCAAGAGCCUCAAUGAGGAGGGAAAUACGAAACAAGCUGAUAUUCUUUCAAGGAUGAUGGUGGGAGGGAAUAAAACCAUUGGCAGCAAGAAAGGGAAGAAACAAGCAUCCAUGGCAUGAUGAUUUCAAUAUUUGCUUUUCUUUGUUCUUGCAUUUCUAAGGGGUUUCUCAUUUAUGCAAGCAUCAUGUUUGUUAUUUAGUCUACUUUUGUCUGAGAAGAGGAGAAGAAAGUCUACUAAAUGGGAAGCAAUCCUUCUGAUGAGCAAGAUCAGGGAGUUCAUGGUUGUGAGCUUCACUUUAAUUUAUUUUUUGUAGCAUCCCAUGGAAGAUGUCUCAAGUGUUUUUUUUUUUUAGGGCAGCCCUAGUUCACUCGUUAAAAACACUACUCUGAAAGUUGCUUGUUUGUAAUUGUUGACUUGAUAUUUUUUCCUACAGAGGAAUUCACUCACAGAGUUGUAUUUUAA